UAUAACAUACAGUAUCUGAUCAUAUUAUCAUGCUUAUGCGCAGCUCGCUUUAUACUGUACAAUGUACAGUACUCUUGGCAAAAUAAAGAAAUUUGCAAGUGGUCUGCUACUUUCUUUAAAUUAUCACAGUACAAAAUUCCUUGAAAGCUGAUCAAUCAAUUCUUUGACUUUUUAUCGCACUGUGAAAACGAGUUUUGCCUUGCAAACGAUAAAAUGCCCACCUGAGUGAGCAUGUUGGCAAAGGCAUCCGGAUGGAUCUCGGGAAUAUCCACGACAGACUGCUCCCCAAUCCCUGCCCAGCUUCCAUAAAACAUAGUGCGAAACACUUCGCUGCUGAUGCCCAGAAUGUAUCUGCAAAACAACACCCGUGCUUGCUCGGCAGUUUUCGUGGGUGGCGCGCGUAGUUAUGAGCAGGAAAUAUUUUUUCACUUCGCCAUGCUGACGACCCACGGUAAACGAGGCAUCGCUCAACAUUCCUGUAGUGUAUGUAGUACUCGUACAGGUAUUUCAUGAAUAUAUGACAGUUCCACUCGUCAACGAUGCCUGGAUGCGACUGCUGAUCCCCGCAAGUUUUUGUAAUGUUUGGACGAUGAACGGCCGCUCAAGAGAAUCAAAACACGUAACCACAUCCUAGAGGAGAUGGCUCUCUUUAAGCUUAAAUCCAGUUCCGGUUCUGGUUUCUCGUUAUUUUGUCAGUUCAUAGUUUGUAGUUUGUCGUGUGUUUCGAUUUGUUGUUUGAUUUUGAUGUCUGAUUGUAAAUUUUUGGUAAUAAAAUUUAACGUAUCAAAUCUGUUUGUGAUCAUGUUGUCGUUUGAUGAUUGAAGCAGGAAAUGGAUUCCGUUGUGCAGUAAUUCGUCCACGAUCAUUGCUCAGCGUUCGUGAGUUCCUUCAGCCUGGGAUUCGGUUACGGGCUUGCGUAAAAUCUUGCGCUUUCGUAAAGUCAUGAACCACUGAAAAAACUCUCCUGCAUUAACCGUGUCAUUUAAAUGAUGAACGUUGAAUUCUGUGAGGCACAACUUACACACACAAACACAGCCGCGAUGUUGUUUUGGCAGUUUGCAAGCCCUGUAAUCGUUUCCUGCAGCUGCAAGUACCCUGCUGGAAACAUACCACUAAUAUCCCCGACAACUUGACAAGCCAGUGAUACCCUACGCUCUGGGAAGCCUGCCUGAUGCCUUCAUUGCCUUGUACAUGGACAGUUGUGGAGAAUGGAGCACUGUCAGUCAGCAGUUCCGUGCGCAAGUGGCCGACGUCUUUGGACAGUACCGCUGUGGACGCUGGAUGCAGGCGCAGAAAAAGAGAUUCUUCCCACCCAGACCACCGGCCCCCAAACCCACAAAAUCCCAGACGACAAUGAAGACGAUGACACUGUCGGAGGGACUAAGUAGACUGAAACGCGCUGAAAAGCAUGACGAAGGACGUCGCGGCAGUAUCGACUGUCUGGAAUCGACAAUCUCCGACGUGGACAUGGCAUCGCGACCCGCCUCCGUCCUUCCCUCACGACGGGGGACCAAUACGGUGAAGAAGCGCCCCAAUGACGUCACAGCUCUUGUGUUGACUGAAAGCGCUCGCAAACUGCAAGCCGGCGAUGCCCCCGCAAUCCAGAUGCAAACCCUGUCACCGAGGAAUUAUCCAGUUGAAGAAGACCAUGUCGGCGCCCCGUCCCGAUUACGGCCACAGCACGGCCCCCACCUCACCCACUACCAAAUCACCGGUUAAACUCGGCGCACUGCUGCGUUCGUUUUCCUUGACGGACCAGACACCGCCCGCGGGGUUCAUCGUGGAGCGUCCGGAUUCACGGCGCGGCAGUGUGGACAGCGCCGAAUCCGAUCGCACCAGCGUGGACAUGUUGUCGCAGCCGGCAUCCGCGUCAAAUUCCCAUCGUGGGACCAACACUAUGAAAGUCAGCCCGCAGACGACGGGCGACACACAACACGACGACACUAUGAAAGUCAGCCCGCGGUUAUCGGGCUAGCGGAGUAUGUGCGCCGCCUGGAGGAGCAGCGUGUUGGUGUAUCGUCUGAAUCCGGCGAGCACCGUGUCGGGUGCUGAAUGGAGAUGGAAAAGAAUCUGGCGUAUGGGGAACUGCCGCAUAAAUCAGACAUUCGCAUUACACUGUCGGAAGAUCGCGGUGAAAAUGACAAGCGCCGAGCAAGCAUUC